GAGUGCGAAAAACCAAAAAACCGACCUUUGAGGUGCAAAAUCGAAACUAUAAUUUUUCGCUACAUCCAUGGCUGAGGCACCCCCAGACAAUAUAGUAGAAAUAACUUUGGAACGAGGAGAUCAUGGUCUAGGUUUUAACAUCAGAGGAGGUGUAGACAUUCCAUAUGUACAAGGAGAUUCGGGAAUAUUUGUGACCAAAAUCAGAGAGGAUGGUGCAGCAUUUCAAGAUGGUCGUUUAAGAGAAGGAGACAAAGUUCUUGAAAUUAAUGGCCAUAGCUUGGACAGAGUCACACAUAAUGAGGCAGUACAACACUUUGUCAAUGCUGGGGAGACGAUCACAUUGAGGGUUUUGCAGGGGGCAGAGGAGGCAAUACAGCAGCAGCAGAGGGAGAAUGAAGAGAAUGAACAAGGCCCAUCCCCAGCUAGCUCCCGUUCCUCCAUACCACGCAUUCCCUCGAAUUCCUCCUCCUCCUCUUCAAAUACAGCUCUCUUUGGUAGCUUAUUUUUGGUGGCAGCAGCAACAGCAGCUGCUGCAGCUUACGUUUACUUUAGGUACAGAAAAUGAACAGUAAUAGUUCAAUAUGUAACAUUCAAUUGUUUUAAAACACACCGUGAGGGAUCAUCCAUCAUAAGUUAUUUAAAUCAUAUGUACAAAAUUUUGAUUAGUGGCAGUUUAGACUUAUUCAGAGCUUCUGUAUGAUAAUGUGAUAGUUACAAUUGUAAUGCAAUGUGUUUAUUUCCUGUCUCUUGCAAAUUGCAAGAUUUUUAUUUUUGAAUAAAUGUUUUGCUCUAUUGAA